CCAGCCUCCAGCCCAGGUGAAUAUAAGCUGGGGGUGGGGGACCAGAUAGUGGCUUCUGUAUCAAAGGUACUACAGUAGACUGUGAGAUCGGACACACAGAGAGCUCUGUCCUCUCUCUAUAAUAGCAGGCUUCCUCUCCCUUCAGACUGAGGCAGGGGACCCACACUAUAUUGAACCAACCAACACUAGCAGGUAAGUUACUCUUCUUCUACCCUAGCAUGUUUCACUAUGGUUACGUCCCACAUUAGUAUUUAUUAUGGAUCCCCAUUAGUUCAUGCCAAGGCAGCAGCUACUCUUCCUGGGGUUUAUUAUGGAUCCUCAUUACUUCCUACCAAGGCAGCAGCUACUCUUCCUGGGGUCCAAACACAUUAAAGCACUUACAUCACACAUAAAACAAAAGAUAAGACAGUACAUCAUAUAACAUUAUUACACCACUACAUAUCUACAAUGCAAAAUGUAUAAUACCACCAUACAACAAUAUUACAAUGUAUGUGUGUGUAGAGUGUGUGUGCUAGCGCUUGUGUGCGUAUGCGUGUGUAUGUGCCUGUGUGUGGGACUCUUCACAGUCCCCGCUGUUCCAUAAGGUGUAUUUUUAUCAGUUUAUUUCAAAUCUGAUUCCCUGCUUGCAUCAGUUACCUGAUGUGGAAUAGAGUUCCAUGUAGUCAUGGCUCUAUGUAGAACUGUGCGCCUCCCAUAGUCUGUUCUGGUGGCAUGUCUUGUGCGGUAUGCAUGGGUGUCCGAGCUGUGUGCUAGUAGGUUAAACAGACACCUCGGUGCAUUCAGAUUGUCAACACUUCUUACAAAAACAAGUAGUGAUGAAGUCAAUCUCUCCUCCACUUUGAGCCAUAUGAGAUUUACAUGCAUAUUAUUAACGUUAGCUCUCUGUUUACAUUUAAGGGCCAGCCAUGCUGCCCUGUUCUGAACCAAUUGCAAUUUUCUUAAGUCCCUCUUUGUGGCACUUGACAACACGACUGAACAGAAGUCCAGGUGCGACAAAACUAGGGCCUGUAGGACCUGCCUUAUUGAUAGUGUUGUUAAGAAGGCAGAGCAGCAUUUUAUUAUGGACAGACUCCCCCCCCCCAUCUAAGCUAAUGUUGUAUCAACAUGUUUUGACCAUGACAGUUUACAAUCCAGGGUUACUCCAAGCAGUUUAGUCACCUCAACUUGCUCAAUUUCCACAUUAUUUAUUACAAGAUUUAAUUGAGGUUUAGGGUUUAGUGAAUGAUUUGUCCCAAAUACAAUGGCACCCAAUUCCCUACAUAGUGCACUACUUUAGACCAGCGCCCCACCACCAUCUAUUUUAUUAGCAGGCUUAUUUUACACCACCAUCUAUUUUACUAGCAGGCUUCUUUUACACCACCAUCUAUUUUACUAGCAGGCUUCUUUUACACCAGCAUCUAUUUUCCUAGUAGGCUUAUUUUACACCACCAUCUAUUUUACUAGCAGGCUUCUUUUACACCACCAUCUAUUUUACUAGCAGGCUUCUUUUACACCACCAUCUAUUUUACUAGCAGGCUUCUUUUACACCAGCAUCUAUUUUACUAGCAGGCUUCUUUUACACCAGCAUCUAUUUUACUAGCAGGCUUCUUUUACACCAGCAUCUAUUUUACUAGCAGGCUUCUUUUACACCAGCAUCUAUUUUACUAGCAGGCUUCUUUUAUACCAGCAUCUAUUUUACUAGCAGGCUUCUUUUACACCAGCAUCUAUUUUACUAGCAGGCUUCUUUUACACCAGCAUCUAUUUUACUAGCAGGCUUUUUUUACACCAGCAUCUAUUUUACUAGCAGGCUUCUUUAAAAAAAAAGAAGAGCAUUUGCAUAAUCUGGCAAGCUAACUGUCAGUGAUCAAACUGCUAAAGCAGGGGUUUCCAAGUGUGAAAGUGAUUGUCACCAACUCACUAUUCAAGAAGACUUUGCCCAUGUACUGUGAGCUGUUUGUCAUUGAGUCACUGCUUCUUUCAUGGAUGAACCGAUAGGGCAGUUACUAGUGAACAACAGCAAGCUUGUCUCUGUUCUCAAAGGGAAACCUGUUGAAGUCUCCGGUGAAUUCUAAUGUUGAGUUUCACCCCCCAUUUUGCCCUCAGAACAGCCUCAAUUUGUCGGGGCAUGGACUCUACAAGGUGUCGAAAGCAUUCCACAGGAAUGCUGGCCCAUGUUGACUCCAAUGCUUCCCACAGUUGUGUCAAGUUGGCUGGAUGUCCUUUGGGUGGUGGACCAUUCUUGAUACACACAGGAAACUGUUGAGCAUGAAAAACCCAGCAGCGUUACAGUUCUUGACACAAACCGGUGCACCUGGCAUCUACUACCAUACCCUGUUCAAAGGCACUUAAAUAUGUUGUCUUGCCCAUUCACCCUCUGAAUGGCACACAUACACAAUCCAUAUCUCAAUUGUCUCAAGGCUUAAAAACCCUUAUUUAACCUGUCUCCUCCCCUUCAUCUACACUGGUUGAAGUGGAUUUAACAAGUGACAUCAAUAAGGGAUCAUAGCUUUCACCUAGAUUCACCUGGUCAGUCUAUGUAGUGGAAAGAGCAGGUGUUCAUAAUGUUUUGUACACUCAGUGUAUAUCUGGAGUGAAACAUAGGAUCAAAGUGUCAACUGAUGUGCCUUUCAAGGAGCACACUCGUCGUGUGUCCCCGGCCGAUUUCAACGAUCUGAAGCAGCACUUUUAUGAGCUAAUUGAAGCCAACAUCAUCGAGGAAUCUGAUAAUCCAAGGACUACAAAGGAAGUUAGGGCGUUCCUUGGUUUUUCUGGAUAUUACAGAAGGUUUGUUCAGAAUUAUUCAAGGAUUGUCAGGCCACUGAAUUAUCUUCUAGUCUGAGAUUCCUCCGUGAAGAAGAAAGGGAAACUGAAGAGGCCCCUGAGGAGCCCACUACUUGCAGGACAAUGUGGUGAUUGUUGCCAGAUCACUUUUGAGACCGUCCUUGAGAGGCUCACCUCUGCACCUGUUCUUGCAUUUGCAGGUUGGAGGAUUCCAUAUAUGCUCCAUACUGAAGCCAGCACCUCAGGCCUUGGUGCAGCCCUGUAUCAGAUGUGGCAUGGCCCCUCUUCUACUGGCCUAGAAUGACCUGGCAAGGGCCCUCUUUCACUGGCCCAGAAUGGCCUGGCAAGGGCCCUCUUCUACUGGCCUAGAAUGGCCUGGCAAGGGCCCUCUUCUACUGGCCUAGAAUGGCGUUCCAAGUGAACAAGAAGUGUAGAGAAUGUCUGAGGUGAUGUACAAGGGUAGAGUGUUAUGUUGUAACUCUACAAGAGUAGAGUGUUGUGUUGUAACUCUACAAGGGUAGAGUGUUGUGUUGUAACUUUACAAGGGUAGUGUGUUGUAACUCUACAAGGGUAGAGUGUUGUGUUGUAACUCUACAAGGGUAGAGUGUUGUGUUGUAACUCUACAAGGGUAGAGUGUUGUGUUGGAACUCUACAAGGGUAGAGUGUUGUGUUGUAACUCUACAAGGGUAGACUGUUGUGUUGUAACUCUACAAGGGUAGAGUAUUGUGUUGACCUCGUGAAUAUCAAACCGUCCACCAGAGCUAGUCUGUAUAGAUUUGAUCUCACUUGAACCUAACAGUUCAGACACAACAAAAAUGUCAGAUCACUUGACAAAAUACUCUUUAGCUAUCCGGACUAAAGACCAAACCGCAAAGACAGUAGCCAGAGCACUUUGGGACAACUGGAUUGUACAUUAUGGAUUUCCUGAGAGGAUGCAUAAUGACCAAGUGGUCAAUGUUAAGUCUGUUGAUAGCGGAAAUAUGCUCCAUUACUGGUGUCAAAUCACGAAUAACCCCCUUACCACCCUCAUGGUAAUCCUGUUGAGCGCUUCCAUAGGACAUGUUAGGCAUACUGAGUGUCAAGAGAAAAGAACAGUGGAGCCCCUAGUGGAGUGGAGGUAUUAUGUGAAACCCCUAGUGGAGUGGAGGUAUUAUGUGAAACCCCUAGUGGAGUGGAGGUAUUAUGUAAAACCCCUAAUGGAGUGGAGGCAUUAUGUGAAACCCCUAGUGGAGUGGAGAUAUUAUGUGAAACCCCUAGUGGAGUGGAGGCAUUAUGUGAAACACCUAGUGGAGGUAUUACGUGAAACCCCUAAUGUAGUGGAGGUAUUAUGUGAAACCCUAAUGGAGUGGAGGUAUUAUGUGAAACCCCUAAUGGAGUGGAGGUAUUAUGUAAAACCCCUAAUGGAGUGGAGGUAUUAUGUGAAACCUCUAGUGGAGUGGAGGUAUUAUGUGAAACCCCUAGUGGAGUGGAAGCAUUAUGUGAAACCCCUAAUGGAGUGGAGGUAUUAUGUAAAACCCCUAAUGGAGUGGAGGUAUUAUGUAAAACCCCUAAUGGAGUGGAGGUAUUAUGUAAAACCCCUAGUGGAGUGGAGGUAUUAUGUGAAACCCCUAGUGGAGUGGAGGCAUUAUGUGAAACCCCUAGUGGAGUGGAGGCAUUAUGUGAAACCCCUAGUGGAGUGGAGGCAUUAUGUGAAACCCCUAGUGGAGUGGAGGUAUUAUGUAAAACCCCUAAUGGAGUGGAGGUAUUAUGUGAAACCUCUAGUGGAGUGGAGGUAUUAUGUGAAACCCCUAGUGGAAGCAUUAUGUGAAACCCCUAAUGGAGUGGAGGUAUUAUGUAAAACCCCUAAUGGAGUGGAGGUAUUAUGUAAAACCCCUAGUGGAGUGGAGGUAUUAUGUGAAACCCCUAGUGGAGUGGAGGCAUUAUGUGAAACCCCUAGUGGAGUGGAGGCAUUAUGUGAAACCCCUAGUGGAGUGGAGGCAUUAUGUGAAACCCCUAGUGGAGUGGAGGUAUUAUGUGAAACCCCUAGUGGAGGUAUUAUGUGAAACCCCUAAUGGAGUGGAGGCAUUAUGUGAAACCCCUAGUGGAGUGGAGGCAUUAUGUGAAACCCCUAGUGGAGGCAUUAUGUGAAACCCCUAAUGGAGUGGAGGCAUUAUGUGAAACCCCUAGUGGAGUGGAGGUAUUAUAUGAAACCCCUAAUGGAGUGGAGUUAUUAUGUAAAAUCCCUAAUGGAGUGGAGGGAUUAUGUGAAACCCCUAGUGGAGUGGAGAUAUUAUGUAAAACCCCUAGUGGAGUGGAGGCAUUAUGUGAAACCCCUAAUGGAGUGGAGGUAUUAUGUGAAACCCCUAAUGGAGUGGAGGUAUUAUGUGAAACCCCUAAUGGAGUGGAGGUAUUAUGUGAAACCCCUAAUGGAGUGGAGGCAUUAUGUGAAACCCCUAGUGGAGUGGAGGUAUUAUGUGAAACCCCUAGUGGAGUGGAGGCAUUAUGUGAAACCCCUAGUGGAGUGGAGGCAUUAUGUGAAACCCCUAGUGGAGUGGAGGUAUUAUGUAAAACCCCUAAUGGAGUGGAGGUAUUAUGUGAAACCUCUAGUGGAGUGGAGGUAUUAUGUGAAACCCCUAGUGGAAGCAUUAUGUGAAACCCCUAAUGGAGUGGAGGUAUUAUGUAAAACCCCUAAUGGAGUGGAGGUAUUAUGUAAAACCCCUAGUGGAGUGGAGGUAUUAUGUGAAACCCCUAGUGGAGUGGAGGCAUUAUGUGAAACCCCUAGUGGAGUGGAGGCAUUAUGUGAAACCCCUAGUGGAGUGGAGGCAUUAUGUGAAACCCCUAGUGGAGUGGAGGUAUUAUGUGAAACCCCUAGUGGAGGUAUUAUGUGAAACCCCUAAUGGAGUGGAGGCAUUAUGUGAAACCCCUAGUGGAGUGGAGGCAUUAUGUGAAACCCCUAGUGGAGGCAUUAUGUGAAACCCCUAAUGGAGUGGAGGCAUUAUGUGAAACCCCUAGUGGAGUGGAGGUAUUAUAUGAAACCCCUAAUGGAGUGGAGUUAUUAUGUAAAAUCCCUAAUGGAGUGGAGGGAUUAUGUGAAACCCCUAGUGGAGUGGAGAUAUUAUGUAAAACCCCUAGUGGAGUGGAGGCAUUAUGUGAAACCCCUAAUGGAGUGGAGGUAUUAUGUGAAACCCCUAAUGGAGUGGAGGUAUUAUGUGAAACCCCUAAUGGAGUGGAGGUAUUAUGUGAAACCCCUAAUGGAUUGGAGUUAUUAUGUAAAAUCCCUAAUGGAGUGGAGGCAUUAUGUGAAACCCCUAGUGGAGUGGAGGUAUUAUGUGAAACCCCUAGUGGAGUGGAGGCAUUAUGUGAAACCCCUAGUGGAGUGGAGGCAUUAUGUGAAACCCCUAGUGGAGUGGAGGUAUUAUGUGAGUCCUGCUGGCAAUAAUGCAACCACGCAUCAGAACUACACUAAACAGCUAAGAAGACGACUGAAGUACGCUUACGAGUUGGCUGUGAAAUCUGCAGAGAAGAGUCAGAUGGCCAACAAAUACAAAUGGGACUCAAAAGUGACAGCUUCUACAAUCACUGAAGGUGACAGAGUGCUGGUCAGGAACAAGUGCAUUCGAGGGAAACUCAAGUUAUCUGAAAGCUUGGAGUCUGAAGUGCACAUUGUGGUGCGGAAGAUAUCAGAUGACAUCCCAAUGUUUGUGGUGAAGUCCAAGAGCGCCAAUGGGCCAGAAAGAACCCUCCACCGUGACAUGUUAUGCAGGAAGUAGUGGAUGUCCUGACUCCACCUAACACCAGAUAACCAGCAGGAAGUAGUGGAAGUCCUGACUCCGCCUAACACCAGAUAACCAGCAGGAAGUAGUGGAAGUCCUGACUCCGCCUAACACCAGAUAACCAGCAGGAAGUAGUGGAUGUCCUGACUCCGCCUAACACCAGAUAACCAGCAGGAAGUAGUGGAUGUCCUGACUCCACCUAACACCAGAUAACCAGCAGGAAGUAGUGGAAGUCCUGACUCCGCCUAACACCAGAUAACCAGCAGGAAGUAGUGGAUGUCCUGACUCCACCUAACACCAGAUAACCAGCAAGAAGUAGUGGAAGUCCUGACUCCGCCUAACACCAGAUAACCAGCAGGAAGUAGUGGACGUCCUGACUCCGCCUAACAACAGAUAACCAGCAGGAAGUAGUGGAAGUCCUGACUCCGCCUAACACCAGAUAACCAGCAGGAAGUAGUGGAAGUCCUGACUCCGCCUAACACCAGAUAACCAGCAGGAAGUAGUGGAUGUCCUGACUCCGCCUAACACCAGAUAACCAGCAGGAAGUAGUGGAAGUCCUGACUCCGCCUAACACCAGAUAACCAGCAGGAAGUAGUGGAAGUCCUGACUCCGCCUAUCACCCUGCAUGCCAGUCUGUAUUCGGCCAUGAUUACAACGAAUUUAGAUAACAGGUUAGACUAACUUAAAAAUAGAUAUCUGACAUGGCAAAUUGAGUGAUUGUCAGUGAAUGACAAAACAAGAGAAAAACUGCUUUGUGCACAACCAAAUGUUGAACUUGCACCUUGUGUAUUCUACUAUUCUAACUCUCAACAGUACUGUAAGUUGAGACCACUUCUGAGUUCCCAGAGAACUGAGCUCCUUUUUUUUGGUCGGGGGCCCCUGGCCGAGCGACCACUUAUGUUGUUUAUGCCUGGAGCCGGGCCUGAACCAAGGGCUAGGGACAAGAGUGAAGGGUAGGGAGUGAUUUGGCACCAGCUAGAUUCUCCUUGAAUUGUGAGAUAGAGAGGUGUUACUGGGUUAAUUUGUCACUAGAGGGAGAGUAGAAAGCUGAAGUUCUCUCUACAGAUCUCCACAGAUAGAAUAAGGAGAACUCAGCUGUCUGGAUAUCAGUCAGUGCUGUUUCAAUGUAUCUUUAGAUUGUUCCUAUAACCCCUGACCUCUAAUCCGCUAACCCUUGACCUCCAGGAUGCGUGUGGCCAGUGCGUUAGGGCUGUUCCUAUUGGCCCUGGUGAAGUUUAACCUCUGACCUCUAACACCUGACCUCCAGGAUGCGUGUGGCCUGUAAUAUCUUACCUCUAACCCCUGACCUCUAACCCCCGACCUCUAACCCCUGACCUCCAGGAUGCGUGUGGCCUGUCCGUUAGUGCUGUUCCUAUUGGCCCUGGUGCAGCUGGGAGGUUGUCUGCUGCUAGGAGCCUUCAACAUCAAGUCAUUCGGAGACAAGAAGUCCUCCAACUCGACCCUCAUGGACAUCAUCACUCAGGUAAUGCUUUAUCUCAUAGCAUCAUAAUGUAAUGCUUUAUCUCAUAACAUCAUAAUGUAAUGCUUUAUCUCAUAACAUCAUAAUGCAACGCUUUACCUCAUAACAUCAUAAUGCAACGCUUUACCUCAUAACAUCAUAAUGCAACGGCGGCAGGUAGGUAGGUAGCAGGUAGGUUGGUAGCAAGUAGAGGGAAGCAAGUAGAUAGAUAGCAGGUGGUAGGUAGCAGGUAGGUAGGUAGCAGGUAGGGGGAAGCAGGUAGGUAGGUAGCAGGUAGGGGGAAGCAGGUAGCCUAGCGGUUAGCGCAUUGAGCCAGUAACCGAAAGGUCGCUGGUUUGAAUACCCGAGCCGAGAAGGUGAAAAACCUGUCAAUGUGCCCUUGAGCAAAGCACUUAACCCUCAUUUGAUCCAGAGGCGCCGUACUACUAUGACUGACCCUGUAAAACAACACAUUUCACUGCACCUAUCAUACUACUGUGGCUGACCCUGUAAAACAAACAUUACACUACACCAUCAUACUACUAUGACUGUCACGAUCGUUGAGAGACGGGUCGGACCAAGGUGCAGCGUGAAAAGCGUACAUGUUUAUUAACUCAAUAAACAUAAAACAAAACAAGACGUAACAUGAAGUCCUCAGGCUAUACACAUACAAGCCUAAACGGAACAAGAUCCCACAACUAAGGUAGGCAACCAGGCUACCUAAGUAUGAUCCCCAAUCAGAGACAACGAGCGACAGCUGUCUCUGAUUGGAAAUCACACCCGGCCAAACAUAGAAAUACAACCUAGAUCUACCACAUAGAAAUACACUAACAUAGAUCUCAACAGAAAACGUACACCCUGACCCAACCAACGAGAGUUCUCUCGAUCAGGGCGUAACAAUGACUGACCCUGUAAAACAACACAUUACACUACACCUAUCAUACUACUAUGACUGACUCUGUAAAACAACACAUUACACUACACCUAUCAUACUACUAUGACUGACCCUGUAAAACAACACAUUACACUACACCUAUCAUACUACUAUGACUGACUCUGUAAAACAACACAUUACACUACACCUAUCAUACUACUAUGACUGACCCUGUAAAACAACACAUUACAAUACACCUAUCAUACUACUAUGACUGACCCUGUAAAACAGCACAUUACACUGCACCUAUCAUACUACUAUGACUGACCCUCUAAAACAACACAUUUCACUGCACCUAUCAUACUACUAUGGCUGACCCUGUAAAACAACACAUUACACUGCACCUAACAUACUACUAUGACUGACCCUGUAAAACAACACAUUACACUGCACCUAUCAUACUAUUAUGACUGACCCUCUAAAACAACACAUUUCACUGCACCUAUCCGGUGUGUAACAAUAAAGCUUUAUCUCAUAACAUGAUAUGGUCUUUGAAACUAUGUCUCAUAGCAUCAUCAUCUAUAAUAUGUCUCAUAGCAUCAGAUGGUCUUAGUAAACACUAGUCCUGGGCCUAAAAGCGUUUGUAGAUUCUCCAUUUGAAAGUACUUCUUCGUCCAAGAAUAGCCUGUGUCCGGGAAACCAGCCACAAUAAAUGCUUAAUUGUUAUUAAAUUAUAUUAUGAUUUUUUUAUGUAUUAGAUAGUGCACCGUUAUGAUAUCGUGUUGAUCCAGGAAGUGAGAGACACCGACCUAUCAGCAACCAACAAACUGAUGCAACACGUCAACAAGUAAGACCAAUCACAGCCCUGAAACAAUAUUACAUCCACUAACCAAUGACAGCCCUCCCAAUGUGAAGACUUUGUAAUGUGUGUUUUCUAAUAACUAUAUAAUGAUAUUGUAAUGUAUGUUUUGUUCGUUGUCAGAGGCUUGUCUCCCUAUAGGUACCGUCACAUUGUCAGUGAGGAACUGGGCCGCAGUACCUACACAGAGAGAUACCUCUACCUGUACAGGUAAUAUAAAGAGAGAUACCUCUACCUGUACAGGUAAUAUACAGAGAGAUACCUCUACCUGUACAGGUAAUAUAAAGAGAGAUACCUCUACCUGUACAGGUAAUAUACAGAGAGAUACCUCUACCUGUACAGGUAAUAUACAGAGAGAUACCUCUACCUGUACAGGUAAUAUAAAGAGAGAUACCUCUACCUGUACAGGUAAUAUACAGAGAGAUACCUCUACCUGUACAGGUAAUACACAGAGAGAUACCUCUACCGGUACAGGUAAUAUACAGAGAGAUACCUCUAUCUGUACAGGUAAUACACAGAGAGAUACCUCUACCUGUACAGGUAAUAUACAGAGAGAUACCUCUACAGGUAAUACACAGAGAGAUACCUCUACCUGUACAGGCAAUAUACAGAGAGAUACCUCUACCUGUACAGGUAAUAUACAGAGAGAUACCUCUACCUGUACAGGUAAUAUACAGAGAGAUACCUCUACCUGUACAGGUAAUACACAGAGAGAUACCUCUACCUGUACAGGUAAUAUACAGAGAGAUACCUCUACCUGUACAGGUAAUACACAGAGAGAUACCUCUACCUGUACAGGUAAUAUACAGAGAGAUACCUCUACCUGUACAGGUAAUAUACAGAGAGAUACCUCUACCUGUACAGGUAAUAUACAGAGAGAUACCUCUACCUGUACAGGUAAUAUACAGAGAGAUACCUCUACCUGUACAGGUUCUGUUCGGUUCUGCUCUGUUCUGUACUAAACACUGAAACCAUCUCCUAAAGCUUGUUUCUGCUGUUAUAUGAUAGAGAGGAGACGGUCUCUGUGGCUAAGAACUACACGUACGAUGACGGCUGUGAGCCCUGCGGUACAGAUGCCUUCAUCAGAGAACCCUUCAUUGUCAUGUUCUCCUCUAACUACACAGGUAGAGAGGGAGGGGGUGAUGGGGGAGAGAGGGUAAUGGGGAGAGGUGUGAGAGAGGGGGGAGGGAGAGGGGGAAUGAGAGUGAGAGAGAGAUUCCGUGUGUGUGUGUGUGUGUGUGUGUGUGAGAGAAAAUAUGUGGUUCCUUUACAUAAAAAAAUAAUUCACUCAAAAAACAUAUUUGUGUAUUUUUUUUCAUUAGUCCUCUGUUGAUAGUUUUGCAUGUCAGCAGGCAAGUUUUCAAGAUAUUGGAAUUUCAAGAAGCAAACUCUCUCUCUCUCUCUCUCUCUCUCUCCUCUCUCUCUCUCUCUCUCUCUUCUCCCUCUCUCUCUCUCUCUCUCUCUCUCUCUCUCUCUCUCUCUCCUCUCUCUCUCUCUCUCUCUCUCUCUCUCUCUCUCCCUCCCUCCCCUCUCUCCCUCCCUCCCCUCUCUCUCUCCCUCUCUUCUUAUAGCUGUGAGAAACUUUGUUCUGAUUCCUCAACACACGUCUCCAGACUCGGCAGUGAAGGAGGUUGACGCUCUGUUCGAUGUGGCCACUGACGUCAGAGCUCGCUGGAACACCAAUGUGACUAUACCACACACACACACACACACACACAGGCACGCACGUGCACUCACACACACGUAGAUACACGUGCGCACACGCACACACCAUCAUAUACAAUGAGUGUACAAAACAUUAAGAGAACCUUCCUAAUAUUGACAUCAUUAAGGGAUCAUAGCUGGAUUCACCUGGUCAGUCUGUCAUGGAAAUGUUUUGUACACUCACUGCUGCUACUCUGUUUAUCAUAUAUCCUGAUGCCUAGUCACCUUACCCAUAUACAUACAGUAUCUACCUCUAUCACUCCAGUGUCCCUGCACAUUGUAAAUAUGGUAUUAGAACUGACCCAAAAAUAUAAACGCAACUGGCAACAAUUUCACAGAUUAUACUGAGUUACAGUUCAUAUAAGGAAAUCAGACUGAACAACAAUAUAAACGCAACAUGUAAAGUGUUGGUUCCAUGUUUCAUGAGCUGAAAUAAAAGAUCCCAGAAAUGUUCCAUAGGCACAAAAAGCAUGUUUCUCUAAAAUUAUGUGCACACAUUUGUUUACAUCCCUGUUUGUGAGCAUUUCUCCUUUGUCAAGAUAAUCCAUCCACCUGACAGGUGUAGCAUAUCAAGAAGCUGAUUAAACAGCAUGAUCAUUACACAGGUGCACCUUGUGCUGGGGACAAUAAAAGGCCACUCUAAAAUGUGCAGUUUUGUCACACAACAUAAUUCCACAGAUGUCUCAAGUUUUGAGGGACCAUGCAAUUGGCAUGCUGCCUGCAGGAAUGUCCACCAGAGCUGUUGCCAGAUAAUUUAAUGUUAAUUUCUCUACCAUAAGCCGCCUCCAACGUCGUUUUAGAAAAUUUGGGAGUACGUCCAACCGGCCUCACAACCGCAGCCCAGGACCUCCACAUCAGGCUUCUUCACCUACAGAAUCGUCUGAGACCAGCCACCCGGACAGGUGAUGAAACUGUGGGUUUGCACAACCGAAGAAUUUCUGCACAAACUGUCAGAAACCGUCUCAGAGAAGUUCGUCUGCAUGCUCGUCGUCCUCUCCAGGGUCUUGACCUGACUGCAGUUCGCCGUCGUAACCAACUUCAGUGGGCAAAUGCUCACCUUUGAUGGACACUGGCAUGCUGGAGAAGUGCUCUUCAUGGAUGAAUCACGGUUUCAACUGUACUGGGCAGAAGGCAGACAGCGUGUAUGGUGUUGUGUGGGUGAGCGGUUUGCUGAUGUCAACGUUGUGAACAGAGUGCCCCAUGGUGGCGGUGGGGUUAUGGUAUGGGCAGGCAUAGGCUACUGACAAUGAACACAAUUGCAUUUUAUCAAUGGCAAUUUGAAUGCACAGAGAUACCGUGACGAGAUCCUUAGGCCCAUUGUUGUGCCAUUCGUUCGCUGCCAUCACCUCAUGUUUCAGCAUGAUAAUAUCAAUCAAUCAAAUUUCAUUAUAAAGCCCUUUUUACAUCAGCAGAUGUCACAAAGUGCUAUAAAGAAACCCAGCCUAAAACACCAAACAGCAAGCAAUGCAGAUGUAGAAGCACGGUGGCUAGAAAGGCAGGAACCUAGGAAGAAACCUAGAGAGGAACCAGGCUCUGAGGGGUGACCAGUCCUCUUCUGGCUGUGCUGGGUGGAGAUUAUAACAGUACAUGGCCAUUAAGGCCAGAUUGUUCUUCAAGAUGUUCAAACGUUCAUAGAUGACCAGCAGGGUCAAAUAAUAAUCACAGUGGUUGUAGAGGGUGCAACAGGUCAGUACCUCAGGAGUAAAUGUCAGUUGGCUUUUCAUAGCCGAGCAUUCAGAGGUCGAGACAGCAGGUGUGGUAGAGAGAGAGAGUGGAAAACAGUAGGUCCGGGACAAGGUAGCACGUCCGGUGAACAGGUCAGGGUUCCAUAGCCGCAGGCAGAACAGUUGAAACUGGAGCAGCAGCACGACCAGGUGGACUGGGGACAGCCAGGAGUCAUCAGGCCAGGUAGUCCUGAGGCAUGGUCCUAGGGUUCAGGUCCUCCGGGAGGGGAGGGAGAGGGAGAGAGAGAGAAUUAGAGGGAGCAUACUUACAUUCACACAGGACACCAGAUAAGACAGGAGAAUUACACCAGAUAUAACAGACUGACCCUACCCCCCGGCACAUAGACUAUUGCAGCAUAGAUACUGGAGGCUGAGACAUGGGUGGGUCGGGGGACACUGUGGCCCCGUCCGACGAUACCCCCGGACAGGGUCAACCAGGCAGUAUAUAACCCCACCACUUUGCCAAAGCACAGCCCCCACACCACAAGAGGGAUAUCAACAGACCACCAACUUACUACCGUGAGACAAGGCUGAGUAUAGCCCACAAAGAUCUCCUCCACCGCACACCCUGAGGGGGCGCAAAACCGGACAGGAAGAUCAUGUCUGUGGCUCAACCCACUCAAGUGACGCACCUCUCCUGGAGACGGCAUGGAAGAGCACUAGUAAGCCAGUGACUCAGCCCCCGUAAUAGGGUCAGAGGCAGAGAAUCCCAAUGGAGAGAGGGGAGCCGGCCAGACAGAGACAGCAAGGGUGGUUCGUCGCUCCAGUUCCUUGCCGUUCACCUUCGCACCCCUGGGCCAGACUACACUCAAUCAUAGGACCUACUGAAGAGAUGAGUCUUCAAUAAAGACUUAAAGGUCGUCUCUGCGUCUCUCACAUGGAUAGGCAGACCAUUCCAUAAAAAUUGAGCUCUAUAGGAGAAAGCCCUGCCUCCAGCUGUUUGCUUAGAAAUUCUAGGGACAAUAAGGAGACCUGCGUUUUUGCAAUGUUACGAAGAUGGAAAAAAGCUGUCCUUUAAAUAUUCUUCAUAUGUUCGUCAAAAGAGAGAUCAGGGUCCAGAGUAACGCCGAGGUCCUUCCCAGUUUUAUUUGAGACGAACCAUCAAGAUUAAUUGUCAGAGGGCCUCCUGAGUGGUGGUCUAAGGAAUCGCAGUGCCACUAGAGAUCCUGGUUCGAGUCCAGGCUCUGUCACAGCACUAAGAUCUAGGAGCACGAGGACAGAGGCAAAGCCUUGGUCUGACGCCAUUAAAAGGUAAUUUACCACCUUCACGAGUGCAGUCUCAGUGCUAUGAUGGGGUCUAAAACCAGACUGAAGCAUUUCAUAUACAUUAUUUGUCUUCAGGAAGGCAGUGAGUUGCUGCGCAACAGCUUUAAAAACAAUUUUUGAGAGGAAUGGGAGAUUCGAUAUAGGCCAAUCGUUUUUUACAUUUUCUGGGUCAAGGUUUGGCUUUUUCAAGAGAGGCUUUAUUUCUGCCACUUUUAGUGAGUUUGGUACACAUCCGGUGGAUAGGGAGCCAUUUAUUAUGUUCAACAUAGGAGGGCCAAGCACAGGAAGUAGCUCUUUCAGUAGUUUAGUUGGAAUAGGGUCCAGUAUGCAGCUUGAAGGUUUAGAGGCCAUUACUAUUUUCAUGAAUGUGUCGAGAGAUACAGGAUUAAAAAACUUGAGUGUCUCCAUAAUACACUGCCCCAUGUCUCAAAGAUCUGCACAUAAUUCCUGGAAGCUGAAAAUGACAGAGUUCUUCCAUGGCCUGCAUACUCACCAGACAUGUCACCCAUUGAGCAUGUUUGGGAUUCUCUGGAUCGACGUGUACGACAGCGUGUUCCAGUUCCCGCCAAAAUCCAGCAACUUCGCGCAGCCAUUGAAGAGGAGUGGGACAACGUUCCACAGGCCACAAUCAACAGCCUGAUCAACUCUAUGCGAAGGAGAUGUGUCGUGCUGCAUGAGGCAAAUGGUGGUCACACCAGAUACUGACUGGUUUUCUGAUCCACGCCCCUACCUUUUUUAUUAAGGUAUCUGUGACCAACAGAUGCAUAACUGUAUUCCCAGUCAUGUGAAAUCCAUAGAUUAGUGCCUAAUGAAUUUCAAAUCAAAUUUUAUUUGUCACAUGCUCUGAAUACAACAGGUGUAGACCUUACCGUGAAAUGCUUGCUUACAAGCCCUUAACCAACAAUACAGUUCAAGAAAUAGAGUUAAGAAAAUAUUUACUAAAAAAAAACAAUAACGAGGCUAUAUACAGGGGGUACCGGUACCUAGUCAAUGUGCAGAGGUACAGGUUCAUUUAUUUCAAUUGACUGAUUUCCUUAUAUGAACUUGAAAUUGUUGCAAGUUGCGUUUAUAUUUUUGUUCAGUAUAGUGCUACAUUGAUAUUGAUUAUUGCAUUGUUGGGUUUAGAGCUUACAAAAAAGGCAUUUCACUGUACUUGUGCACAUAACAUUAAAACUUGAUUGAUUGAUUGGUUGAUUGAUGAAUUGAUUGGCAGGACAUAGUGCUGCUGGGGGACUUCAAUGCAGGCUGUAGCUAUGUGAGUAGAUCAGACUGGCAGCAGAUACGCCUCUUCACAGACAGCAGAUACCACUGGCUGAUACCGGACCACGCUGACACCACCGUCUCUAGCACCAACUGUCCCUACGACAGGUCAGAGACACACAUGCACGUAUACCCAUGCAUCCACACACACAUUUACGCACACAUGUUCAACACACACACACCAACUGCCCCCACGACAGGUCAGACCUAGCAGACACACGCUCACACACUCACACACAAACACACUCACACGCACGCAGACUAACUGUUGGUCUGGUUGUGAAGGAUUGUGGCUACCACUGAGAUGAUGAGAGCAGUGGUCCCUGGGUCGGCUGAGGUGUUCAACUACAUGACACAACUGAAGCUCAGCCACAGCAUGGUAACGACUCUUAACCCUUAAAGAUGUAUAUAGAGUAUGUAUAAGCUGGAAGUAGAGGCCUAAGCAUUGUUGUUCACUAGUUUACUCAAAUUAGGGAAGAGGUGGUGGGGUUGGAAAGUAAUAAAGGGAAAUUAAAAAAGGAUAUGUAUAUAUAUUUAUGUAUUUAUAUGUAUGUAUGUCAAAUCAAAUCAUAUUUUAUUUGCCACAUGCGCCGAAUACAACAGGUGUAGACAUUACAGUGAAAUGCUUACUUACAAGCCCUUAACCAACAAUGCAGUUUUUUAAAUAAAAAAGUAAAAUAAAAAAGGUAUUAAGUUAAAAAAGCCUUGCUCAAGGGCACAUCGACAGAUUUUUCACCUUGUCAGCUCAGGUAUUCGAACCAGCAACAUUUCGGUUACCGGUCCAACACUCUAACCCAGUUAUCACCAACCUUUUCUGAGUCAAGAUCACAUUCGCAGUUAAAAAGCAAGCGGAGAUAUACCGCUCAGAUUUUUUAUUUUUUUUAAACAUGACUUAUAAAAUGUAACGUUAACCUAAUAAAAACAGUUGUGUAGUAAUGAGGUUUGUGCCGUAGGCCUAAUACAUUAUCACAGCAUAUUGGCUAUAUGCCUGGCCUGACAAUAUUGUUAUUCUCAGACCAUAUUAUAUUUCAAAACUCGAGCUUUGAUAACAAAAUAGAUCAGUUGGUGUAGGUAAUUUGCAAAUAAUUAGCUUUUUAAUUUUACUGAACUGAUGGUACCUGCAUCUGAUGGUCAUGGUGCUUUCAAGACAACUGGGAACAACAACAAAAUAAUAAUAAUUAAAUAAUUGGUCAUUUAGCAGACGCUCUUAUCCAGAGCGACUUACAGGAGCAAUUAGGGUUAAGUGCCUUGCUCAAGGGCACAUCGACAGAUUUUUCACCUAGUCGGCUCGGGGAUUAGAACCAGCGACCUUUCGGUUACUGGCACAACGCUCUUAACCACUAAGCUACCUGCCGCCCUUAAAAAAACGAGGUCAAAUCAUGACGUCAGUGAUCUUCAGGUCGUAAAGUCAGAGCUCGAAAAUGAUGCCAGAGUUCCCGACUUGGAAUUCCAUGUCGGAUGACCAUUCAAAAAUAUUUUUACCAGUCAGAACAAGUUUUUUCCAAGUUCCCAGUUGUCUUGAACGCACUGAAGUCGGAAGUUGGAGAUUUCCGAGUUCCCAGUUGUUUUGAACACAGCGUUAUUAUAAAAAAUGAGGUUUCACUGUCACCACAAUCUGUCCAAAAGAAACCAAUGCGUGUAAUGGGCUUAAUUUGGGUUUAUUUUGUCGCCAGCCUUCCCACCUUUGGGACGACUCCCGUUGUCAGGGUGGAGACAUGAAUAUCUCGUCAUUAUAUACAGAUCUCUGCUCUUCAUAAAGCCAGCCAGCCAUACAAACAGCCUUCCCUCCCACUACCAGGCGUCCGCAUGGUCCUAAAGUCUGCCCUUUAAUCCGCUAAACUGCAUUUGCCUUCUAAUCGGGAUUGGAAUGAUUUUAGUAGCCUAUUUUAAAUUGUUGGUGUUGACCUAGGUAGAGUCGCCAUACCCAAUUGACACCCCUGAGUAAUAGUGUCUUACUGGUACAUCUCUACUCUCUCAGGCAUUGGCUGUCAGCGACCACUACCCUGUUGAGGUGAAGCUGAUUGGUCACGCCCCUGCUGCCUGACCACGCCUCCAGGAAGUGUUCAGACGGUUCAGACACUCAAAUUGCACCCUAUUCGCUUUAUAGUGCACUGGUCAAAAGUAGUGCACUAUAU